UCGGGCCAUCGAGGCCAUUCUCUUACAAAGAUCUCAUUUGAAUUGAUGAUAAUUGCCAAAUUUCAAAAUUGAUUCCAUGAAUUCCAUUUCUGCCGGUUCCGACCUGUGUAGAGAGUUAACUUGUGCGAUUUAACGUUUUGUCGAGAAAAAUUUUUCUCGAGAUUAACAUUUGCAUCGCGAUAAUUUUGAAGUGACAUGUCGAAACCAAAAUGAGUACUUGUCAAAUAGUAUCAUGUAGAAAUAAUUAUCGAACAAAAGAAUCCAGAACUAUACAUUUUCAUCGCUUCCCAAGAAGAAAUGCAUUAUUAUUACAAUGGGAGAAAGCUUGUGGGAGAAAAAAUAUCAAUAUUAAAAAUGGCCGCGUCUGUUCCAUCCAUUUUGAUUCAGCAGCAUACAAAGUAUAUGAUUUACAUAAUCAACCAAAAAAAAGAAGAUUAAGAUCUGAUGCAGUACCCACGCUGAAUUUAGGAUCAUCAAAUGGCAAAGUACCAGAUACUGCAAUGAAUACAAUACUGCCUAAAGAGGAGUUUGAAGUAAUGAAUACAACACUAUUUGAAGAACAGAUGGAAGCUUCAACUUCAAGAGACUUAUUAAAUUUGAACACACCAGAAUCUUCUAUGUCUGGAGAAUUACCGGAAAACUUCUUGGACAAAUCCAACAAUCCGCCGGUGGAAAUUGGCAAAAAAGGAUUCGACGAAUUUGGAUUACAGAACAAUAUUUUAAAGAAGCAGCAUGUUAACGAUAACAACAGAAAGGAAUAUGAAAUCAGAGAAAGUGAGAUGGAAAGGGAACGACAAAACGAAGAAGAGAAAGACAAAACUAGCGAGUACCAUUUUUAUGAGGAGGAUCAGGAUACAGACAGCGAGAGUGAACAAAAAAUGAAUACUAAAGACAGGUUCAAACUUGGGUUCAAGCAGGGAAAGAAAAUUCAUGAAUGCAAUCAGUGCGGUCGUACAUUUCUACUGCAUCAAAUGUUAAUGUUGCACAUUCAGCAUUUCCAUCGCAAUCGCCGAUAUGAGUACGAUGACUGCAAGAAACGCUUUUUCAGCAAAUCAAAUUUGCUGAAACAUAAAACCAUACAUGUAGAUAAGAUGCCAUUCUCGUGCUCAGUAUGCCAGAUUAAGUUCAGGCUGAUGGAACAGCUGCAGUAUCACAAGAAAAUACACAUGAACAAGAUGCAAUAUGCCUGUCAGCAUUGCAGUCGCAGAUUUGUCACUGUUGAAGAAUGUAAGAAACACGACGAUUUGGAGCAUAAGAAAGUAAAGCCGUUUCAAUGCGACAUCUGUGGUAAUUGCUUUGUAGCCAAACAGGGCUUGCAACGGCACAUAGCACAGAAACAUGAAGAACUGUUCACGUGCAACUAUUGUACAGAGGUCUUCCACACAAAGACAUUGCUAAACCACCAUUUGCUUACUCACAUUGAUGAUCGACCACAUACGUGUAAAAUUUGCCUGAAGAGGUUUCUCCGAUUACAUCAUUUAACCGAACAUAUAAAAGUUAAUCAUAGUGAAUUGAAGAAGACAGAGGACUACAGUGAUGCUCAAUCUGAAAUCCAACAAUUAACUGUCUGCAGCCCUCCAGCUUAUAGCCCAAAAUAUAAAAUUAUAUUUUCUAUUUCGUAUAAAAUACCAAUAUAAUAAGGAAAUUUAA